GUAGCCUGACCUGGACUCAAACCCAGGUCCAGGAUCUGUCAAGCCAACACCUUAACCGUUAUGACAAGAGGUCCGAACCUCUUGAUGAGGUCGCUAGGUGUUAGGUUAAGAUCGGUAAAGUAUUGAUGAUGCAAUUUGUUAUAAAACUCCCCGAAAAACGAAAUAUUUACUUCAUGGCUGGUUUCCAUGUAUACAUGUUGGGAUCUCUGUGUAAACACACACGGGUGAAAAAGGUUCCCAACACAAACAAGUAGUCUAUGGUUUUCUUAAUAACAGAUGGUUAUGAAUCAGAUAGUCUCUCAUCUUCAGGUAGCCUAUUUAACGACUUUUCAGUAACCUUGAGUUGCUUGCUGUGUGAUUCAUCAUACCAAAAGCAUCUCAGUGCAAGAGGUGUCGCUACAGUCCCUGGUUCGAAUCCAGCCUAUAUCACAUCUGCCUGUGAUUGGGAGUCCCAGUACUGGCUGAAAAGUGUUGUGGGUUCAGUGAGAGGUCAUGUACAAAUACCUAAGCCUACAAGUAAUGGAGCUAGGGUUGCUUCCUGGUUGGAGCUAGAUCCUGGAUGGAGCUAGGGUUGCAUCCUGGAUGGAGCUGGAUCCUGGAUGGAGCUAGAUCCUGGAUGGAGCUAGGGUUGUAUCCUGGAUGGAGCUAGAGUUGCAUCCUGGUUGGAGCUAGAGUUGUAUCCUGGUUGGAGCUAGGGUUGCAUCCUGGAUGGAGCUAGAUCCUGGUCGGAGCUAGGGUUGUAUCCUGGAUGGAGCUGGAUCCUGGAUGGAGCUAGAUCCUGGAUGGAGCUAGAGUUGCAUCCUGGAUGGAGCUAGAGUUGUAUCCUGGAUGGAGCUAGAGUUGCAUCCUGGUUGGAGCUAGAGUUGUAUCCUGGUUGGAGCUAGGGUUGCAUCCUGGAUGGAGCUAGAUCCUGGUCGGAGCUAGGGUUGUAUCCUGGAUGGAGCUGGAUCCUGGAUGGAGCUAGAUCCUGGAUUGAGCUAGAGUUGCAUCCUGGAUGGAGCUAGAGUUGUAUCCUGGAUGGAGCUGGAUCCUGGAUGGAGCUGGAUCCUGGAUGGAGCUAGAUCCUGGAUGGAGCUAGAUCCUGGAUGGAGCUAGAGUUGCAUCCUGGAUGGAGCUAGAGUUGUAUCCUGGUUGGAGCUAGGGUUGCAUCCUGGAUGGAGCUAGAUCCUGGAUGGAGCUAGGGUUGUAUCCUGGAUGGAGCUGGAUCCUGGAUGGAGCUAGAUCCUGGAUGGAGCUAGGGUUGUAUCCUGGAUGGAGCUAGAGUUGUAUCCUGGAUGGAGCUAGGGUUGUAUCCUGGAUGGAGCUAGAGUUGUAUCCAGGUUGGAGCUAGAGUUGUAUCCUGGAUGGAGCUAGGGUUGCAUCCUGGAUGGAGCUAGGGUUGUAUCCUGGUUGGAGCUAGGGUUGUAUCCUGGAUGGAGCUAGGGUUGUAUCCUGGUUGGAGCUAGGGUUGUAUCCUGGAUGGAGCUAGAGUUGUAUCCUGGUUGGAGCUAGGGUUGUAUCCUGGAUGGAGCUAGGGUUGUAUCCUGGAUGGAGCUAGGGUUGUAUCCUGGAUGGAGCUAGGGUUGUAUCCUGGUUGGUGCUAGGGUUGCAUCCUGGUUGCAAGAUUCUCGGAAUCAGAGGGUAGUAAGAAGGAAAUAUGGAAAUCCCCAACCAUGAUUUCUAGAAAACCAGUUGCCGGUUGCAUCCCAAAUGGCAACAUAUUCCCUAUGUAGUGCACUGCUUUUGACCAGGUCUACCUAGGGAAUAGGGUGCCAUUUGGCAAACAAGCAGUGUUUGACCUUGAGAGAUUUAUUAAGAUAAUAAUCUGUUAUUUAUUUUGACCUUGUAGGUAUGGUACAGGCUGAUGGGGGUACUGAAUCAGGGAGGAUAGAGUAUUGGCUGAUGGGGGUACUGAAUCAGGGAGGAUAGAGUAUUGGCUGAUGAGGGUACCGAAUCAGGGAGGAUAGAGUAUUGGCUGAUGGGGGUACUGAAUCAGGGAGGAUAGAGUAUUGGCUGAUGGGGGUAUUGAAUCAGGGAGGAUAGAGUAUUGGCUGAUGGGGGUACUGAAUCAGGGAGGAUAGAGUAUUGGCUGAUGAGGGUAUUGAAUCAGGGAGGAUACAGUACUGGCUGAUGGGGGUAUUGAAUCAGGGAGGAUACAGUACUGGCUGAUGGGGGUACUGAAUCAGGGAGGAUACAGUACUGGCUGAUGGAGGUAUUGAAUCAGGGAGGAUACAGUACUGGCUGAAGAGGGUAUUGAAUCAGGGAGGAUACAUGGAUACAGAUUGCUGUGAUUACUCCUGAUGUUUCCAACACUUCUGACAUCAUGUGAAGGGAUCAAGACAGGAUGAAGAGGAAGGGGGGUGAUAUGGACAUCCUACAGAUCACCGGUCCUUCGCAAAAAUAAUACUUAGAUGAAGAAGUUAUCUAGAGAGGAGCACCAUGAUGGAUUCUAUUCAGUCUGCACCUGAUGUCUUCACCACAGACAGCACCUUGAGCGAACCACGAUACCAUGAGACCCAACAGUCACCAUCCAACUCAACCAUACCCGUCGAGCAUCACAACAGCUUCCACAACGCCCUACUAGGUGUCUUCCUGGGCUUCCUGUCGUUGUUCACCGUCGUCAUGAACAUCCUGGUACUUUACGCUGUGAAGAAGGAGCGCACCCUCCACACGGUGGGCAACCUCUACAUCGUCAGCCUCUCCGUGGCGGAUCUCAUCGUCGGGGCAACCGUGAUGCCCCUCAACCUGGUCUAUCUGCUGGAGGAUGAGUGGAGGCUGGGGAGAGUCGUCUGUCAGUUCUGGCUCAUCAUGGAUUAUGUAGCCAGCACAGCCUCCAUCUUUAGUCUGUUUGUACUUUGUCUGGAUCGGUAUCGGUCCGUUCACGAGCCGCUGAGGUACCUGAAGUACCGGACCAGAAGGAGAGCUAGCGUUAUGAUCUCAGGGGCCUGGCUGUUGUCUACGAUGUGGAUUAUUCCUAUUCUAGGGUGGAGAUCGUUUGCUACUGUCGAUCUUAAGCCGGAAAUGGAGAAUAAGUGUGACACUGAUUUCCGGUUUGUUACGUGGUUUAAGGUUUUAACUUCAGUGUUUAACUUCCACCUUCCAUCUCUGUUGAUGCUGUGUUUCUACUCACGCAUCUACAUGGCUGUGAGGAAGCACAUCAGAGAGAGGGAAAAGAUUAUCAAUCCUACAGAUUCUGUGGCGGGAAACCGUAUAGAACACAAAGCCCAAACAGGAAAUGGACCCUGCGAGUCUUCUAACAAGGAAAAGAAGGGAAACGACUGUGACUUUGAUCAGUACACUUUAGACCAGCUGUACAACUCAACAGAUACAACUGAAACCAACGCAUCCAGGGAACCCAAGUCUGGGAAAGACUCUCACUCCAGUCAUUCACUGCUCAGAAUGACAAAACAUCUCAGGACGACUGUAAAGGGCAAAAGAAAGAGCAGCUCUUUGUCUUUUCAGGGGAAGGAUUCAGACUCAGAGACCCCUUUGAACCUGUCAACACUACCUCUCAGCUUCACACACUCCGACGACAACAACGCGCAGGAACUGUACGUAUCCGUGAGCGACAUAGCCGUGCCGCUAAACUCUGUGGCUGACGUCUGCGAGAUAACCCAGAAAGCUGACGUGCAGAGGUACACCACCAUGUUGUACAACGAUUUCACCCAGUCUCUGAAUUCACCCCCGUCACCAUGGCCCCAGGAAGACUCAGAGCCUGAUGAUGGUGCUAACCCGGACGCUGUAGCCAACGCUGUGACUCUUAAGCAGACCUGGCAGAAGUUCUGUGCCCAGUCCAGGCAGCGUAUCCAGAGCCUUCAGGUCCAUAAGGAGCACAAAGCGGCCAAGCAGCUGGGCUGUAUUAUAGCUGGGUUCAUGACGUGCUGGAUCCCCUACUUCAUAGUCUUUAUGGUCAUGGCUUUCUGCCAAACCUGUGUACAUCACGACCUACAUAUGUUCACGAUAUGGCUCGGGUAUAUAAACUCUACUUUGAACCCAAUCAUAUACCCCCUCUGCAAUGAGAAUUUCAAAAGGGUGUUCAAAAAGAUUUUACACAUUCAUUUGUGAUGAAAUGUUUUCUGAACAGUGUCUUGAUUGGCAGGUAGCCCUUUCAGUUAUGUUUUUGAUGCUGCUUUAACUUAGGUGUGCUUGCAUGUUUUGAGUAACUUCAAUUUGGUACCUUAACUUUGUAUAGUUUUGUAAAUAUAAUGCUUAUUUAUUGUAGGCCUAAAUAUUUCUGUAUCAAACCCAAACCAUAACAUCAUCCUUCUCACUCAACAAUAAGUGCCACGUGUUAUUGUGAAAUAACAGAAAGCAUUGCAAUUCUGUAUUUAUUGAUUAUUAAUUUCAAUAACUCUGCAGAAGAAGGCACAGAGACGCUUUCAAUACAAUCUGGUUCAAGUUCAAACCUUAAUUGUCAAUUUUUUUUGUGAAAAUGGAAAUGUGUCUUAUCUCAAACCGCAACCAACCAUGCAUUCCAGUCUUCAAGGAGUCUUGUCUGACUUUUUACAUUUAUUUUAGUCAGUCGUGUCUGUAAUUUCCAAUAAAAAAGACCCUUUCAAUACAAUCUGA